GAUCUUUUAGCAAGGCUGUCGUGUAUAUGUCGUUACGCGUCGGGAGCUACUUCCGAGGUUAUGUUCGUUCGAGUUGUGUUUUGAAAAAUGCACGAUCCACCUACGGUUUCUCUGUUUCGCGUAGGAAACCAUAUCGAUGUGGUGGCACUCCAAUGAGAACAGUGAUCGAAAUAUAUUAAAGUGCGACAUGUGCAAUACAAAAGCAUGGUCAUUACCCAGAGAAAGAUGAAACAGCUUGCCCUAUCCAUCGUUUGUAUUAUUCUAGUUUUAGGAUUCUACAAAGGUUUGGUAAGUACAGAAGACGAGGAAGAUUUUUCUCCGUCGCGACAAACUGGUAACAAGGUAGAACGUACUAGCAAAUUACAAAAAGAAAAUGAAAACGAAUUGCUACAAGAGAAGAUCGACGGUAGAGAUGAAUAUGGGGGUAGACUUAUCGAUAGAAAUACCGAUAUCAAGGACAUCGAGGAAGCUAAAAUUCGUAUACGCGAGCUUGAAGGUAAAUUACGUCAUCUCGAAGCAAAAAUUGAGAAUCGGGUGCCGAAGGAUUUUCCAACGGUGAAGUUCCUCAAUUAUAAAAAUCGUAAAAGGAUAUUGGUUACCGGUGGAGCUGGUUUCGUUGGUUCUCAUUUGGUCGAUCGAUUGAUGUUAGCCGGUCACGAAGUUAUAGUGGUAGAUAAUUUUUUUACUGGACGAAAGAGAAACGUGGAACAUUGGGUCGGCCAUGAGAAUUUCGAAUUGGUACAUCACGACAUCGUCAGACCAUUGUAUUUGGAAGUUGACGAGAUCUAUCAUCUGGCUAGUCCAGCUAGUCCACCUCAUUACAUGUUGAAUCCUGUUAAAACGAUUAAAACUAAUACACUUGGUACUAUAAAUAUGUUAGGACUCGCCAAGCGAGUUGGCGCACGUGUAUUAAUUGCCAGUACGUCCGAAGUUUAUGGGGAUCCUAACGAGCACCCCCAGACGGAGACUUACUGGGGUCACGUUAAUCCUAUCGGUCCAAGAGCGUGCUAUGACGAAGGAAAAAGAGUCGCUGAAACGUUAAGUUACGCCUACAUGAGACAAGAAGGUGUGUCGGUACGAGUAGCACGAAUUUUUAAUACUUUUGGGCCAAGAAUGCACAUGAACGAUGGACGGGUCGUAUCGAAUUUUAUUCUCCAAGCUUUGCAAAACGACUCGAUCACCAUUUAUGGCAAUGGAAAGCAAACAAGGUCUUUCCAGUACGUCACAGAUUUGGUAGAUGGAUUGGUUGCCUUGAUGGCUUCUAAUUAUACGUUGCCCGUAAAUAUUGGUAAUCCGGUUGAACACACUAUCGAAGAAUUCGCGUUUAUUAUAAAGGAUUUGAUUGGUGGUACUAGUAAAAUAGUUGAACUUGCCGCGGUAGAAGACGAUCCACAAAGAAGAAGGCCAGAUAUUAGCAGAGCAAAAAAAUAUUUGAAUUGGCAACCGAAAGUUCCUUUAGCCGAAGGUUUGAAGAAAACUAUCAUGUAUUUUGCGAAAGAAUUGCAAAGAACAAUGCACUCGCAAAAGGAUAGUAUUAAACAUUCAUCUUAUAAAAAUGAUCAUGACAUAAUAGAUCAUCUCUAAGAGUUGAUUCGUUGUUACAUUCGUAAUACCCAUCUUUACAAGUGACAGAAGUUGUCGUCACUGAGCCAUGGACCACUAUGUGCCAAAAGAUUCCCCGUCCAAUUCUGGAUUCUACGAAAAUUUAGAAAUUAAUUGACACAGAAUUAUUAUUAAUUAGAGAUGAAAUCUUAUCGAUAUGGAAUUGCAGCUUUUAAUACGACUAACAUAAAAUCGAUUAAGGUUUAAUUAAUAUUGUUUUGUAGCUUCGACGAAACAUUAAUUGUCUUUUCAUUUUUUUUUUAUUUAUUAGUGCAAAUAAUAAUGAAAAUAUAUAUAUGUGUGUAUGUAUAUUUAUAUGUAUAUAUAUAUAUAUAUAUAUGUAUGUAUGUAUAUAUAUAUAUAUAUAUAUAUAUAUAUAUAUAUAUAUAUAUAAUUGCCUAUUCUUGGAUUAGCCAAGGAAAUGAAAUGAACUUUCUCUCUGUGUCUUUCUCUCUGUGUCGUUCUCUCUCUUCUAACCUUAAUACAUAUUUACAUUUUACAUGUGUUUAUUGUGUUCUUCGACGUCAAUAAUACACAAUCAACGCUUAAAGUUAAAUGCUACACAAUACUGGUCCCAUCGAUAUUUUUGGGAUAUUAUAUAUAGUAUGUAUAAUUUUAACGAUAUAACAAUCGUAAUGAAUUAUCAUGUGAUAAAUAAUACACGAACUGCUUGUUCUACUUAUCUAUUGAUUAAAGAGAUAAGUAAUAUAUAUAUAUAUAUAUAUAUAUAUAUAUAUAUAUAUAUAUAUAUAUAUAGAUAACGUUACAUUGAUUAUACUUUAAUUCUUUUGCUUCAUCGUUCUAAAAGUAAGAUCGCGCGAAAGUAAUUUUUGUAUUAACGUUAUAAUUCUCCUAUCGUGUGAUUUAUACGAUAUAUACAUACGUACAGACAUAUACGUAUAUACGUAUAUGUGUAGCAUAAAUCAAAAUUUGAAGUACCUUUCGAGAGAUGCUGAUGUCUCGUUGAAAAAUUAAAUAAGUAAUAUUCUCUUUCACUAGACAUUAACAUCUUUAACGAUGUUACUCCGGGUAUUGAUUUUUACGAUUAUAAACAGCGAGACUGUAAUGCAACAGCGCAAAGAAAAUCGGGAAAGUAAUUUUAUACGUUAAGCGUAAUUGUAUACUAAAUACGUAUAAUUACAGUAAAUCUGUAAAAUAAAAAAGAGAAAAAAAAACAUUUCUUCGUUUGCCAUCACCAAUAUAUUAUAUGACGAAAUUAUUUAUUAUUAUAAUAUUAAUAACGUAUGAAAAAAAAAGAAGCGAAAAA